UCAUCGCUGAAGUUCGAGCCCCCAGGGGCAAACGGGAAACCCGUCCACAUCGCGCCUGAACAUCGGGCAGAAGCAGACGACCUUUUUACGAUAAAUUCGUUCAAUCUCAUGGCCAGCGAUAUGAUCGGUAUCAAUCGAUCACUUCCAGAUGUCAGACCCAAACAGUGCCUAUAUAAACAGUACUUUGCAACACUUUUACGUACGAGUGUCAUCAUUGUGUUUCACAACGAAGCGUGGAGCGCCCUCUUGCGGACAAUUCACAGUGUAAUCAACCGAACACCACAUUCAUAUCUUGAGGAGAUCAUACUUGUUGACGACGCAAGUAUUCAUGCCCAUCUUGGUCACCAACUCGACUCGCACGUAGCCAAGUUACCUAUUCCAGUUCACGUCGAGCGCAUGGGAGUCCGAUCUGGUUUAAUACGAGCACGCAUGCGCGGUGCCCUUGUAGCUAAGGGUCAAGUAUUGACAUUUCUCGAUUCACAUUGUGAGGCGACGGUUGGCUGGCUGGAACCCCUUCUUGCAAGAAUAGCUGAGGACAGGAGCAAUGUUGUUGCGCCUGUCAUUGACGUCAUUAACGCUCAAAACCUAGCAUACGAAGCUGAUAACCGUACUCCAGCUAUCGGCGUUUUUGAUUGGUCGCUUACGUUCAGAUGGCAGAGUAUUCAAAGACGUGAUCUCCCGAUGUUAAAGAAUGACCCCACCCACCCUGUCCCUUCACCGACGAUGGCGGGCGGGCUCUUUGCUAUCGACCGGAGUUACUUCAUGGAAACGGGAAUGUACGACCCGGGUUUUGAAAUAUGGGGAGCUGAAAAUUUGGAAAUUUCAUUCAAAACUUGGAUGUGCGGUGGUAGAAUUGAAAUCCUCCCGUGCUCACACGUCGGACAUAUUUUCCGCAAGCGUGCGCCAUACUCCAACGCGCUCACCGAUUUCAUCAGUUAUAACAACAAACGACUGGCGGAAGUCUGGUUAGACGAGUACAAGGAAUUCUUCUACUUCAUGUCCCCCAAUGCGCUCAAGGUGGAUGCUGGGAACUACACGGACCGCGUAGAGCUGCGACGUAGACUUGGGUGCCGGUCGUUUCAGUGGUAUCUUGAGAAUGUUUACCCAGAAGGAGCAUGGCCAGGGAGAAAUAAAAUUUACGGCGAGGUCCGACACACUGCCACUGACUGGUGCCUUGAUACAGGAGGAGCCACCACACCGGGAACCGACUACAAGAUCGCACAACCUUGUCAAAACACUACCAAUCAGAUCUGGAUGUACACGGAGGAGCAAGAGAUCAAACACGGUUCGCUUUGUCUUGAUUAUCACGUCACGUCGAUGUCAUUGUCAUUGAUGGGUUGUCACCAGAUGGAGGGUAACCAGCUUUGGGAUUAUGUCAGAGAGACUGGCGAAAUAAAGAACGAAGCUCGAGACUGCUUGGGUCUGGUGGUCGAUGAUGACGGUUCAUUCACUCUCAGUGUACAUGGCUGCGAUGGACGAGCCAGUCAACGAUCAUGGCAGUUCAACAUGAAAGAAUGGGACUUCAAGAAACACUUGCGAUGACGAAAACUGAAGACGAUGGUGCAACGGCAAGAUAACCAUGAAAUAUGAGUUUUAUCUCGAGUGGGCGGCCAUCCACGAACUUUCGCGGAUUUUUCGCCAUUGAAAGCCGAUUAGCGCUUCGCGUUUGUGAUACAGCAUGGCGACUGAAUGUUAUAAACAUAAUUUCACCCCCACAUAUUAGGGAAGCCGUGGUCUCGAUUCCCUGGCCGAGUUAUACCAAAGACUUUAAAUGUAAUAAUUGGCCAUUUAGCCUUCAAUCUUCACUGUAGACCAUGCAGUCGGCAGGAAAUAGAGAUGGAAAUAAUACGAUAAUGAUAUCCAGGGCAUGCGAGAUACAGCUGCACAAGAUUUAGUAGCUAUUGUGGUUGCAUAAGAAUCUUUAUCAUUGUUGUAAUUAUCAUGAUAGUAAUUAUUCUCGCAUCCUAUCAAGGGUAGCUCUCAAGAAUUAUACUCGAGCUCAUUGCGGAGGUUACGCCAGAGCUGUAACCAGGUUGCGGCGACGAGCAAUUUGAAGGAUUUGAACAAGACUAAAUAUCAUAUUUAUCACGUUUGAGAAUCGGAGGUUAUGUAAGCGCGUCGCGUAUAAAGUGCUCGUGCCUACCGGAAAAUAUGUACAUACCUCGAUACGCUAAUCGCUCCAACGGUGUACCCCGGAUGGAAAUUGAAUGACGGAUGGAUGAUUACUUUAGUGCUACUCCUGGGUGAUGAGUGGCAAAUGCUGAUUUGCGACUUGCCAAAAGCUGCGGGACUCGCUUCAAUUGGUAUCAAAUGCAUUAUCCAUUCCGAAUUUAGAAAAGGAUGACUUUACUUGCGACACAGAUGCUCUAUAAUAAUAGCAUAUUGAAGCAUAAAACAAUCGCCUGAACAUAGAAAACAAUGAAAUAAUUCAAGAUUUAUUUUUGCACUGUAUGCAUGGUAUGAACUCAUGAAAUGUGCCUUUUCUUGACAUUUAAAAAUAUCAUUUGCUCUUUUGUGUUUGUCAGAUUGUAACAAUUGUUGUUUUGACAUGUAUGAGAAGCAGAUGAUAUUGUAACAAUUGUUGUUAUGAGAAACAAAUAAGAACGGAUUGACUAUUAUAUGCCCUUUUCCUCAAGAUAUACAAUAUUUUUUAUGCAAUUAAUAAAUCUUACGCCUAGUACUCUCAAGUGGAAAUCAAUGAAAAUCUUAAAGACCAAGGCCACCCCUACUAAAAGUUGAUUUGAAUAAAUAGACACCACAACAAUGGUGAUUUCAUCAAGAUCGGAUGUGAAAUAGGAAAGAUAUGACAAAUUAGAUUUCUCGCAAAUUUACGCAAAACAGUUUAUGGACAACGUUGUGGUAUGCAUAUUAUGUCGCACACUAAUUAUUUUGUAUAGGAGAAUAUUUAAAUGUUUGGAUAUUGGACGAUAAGGAAGCUCUAUAUUUACUUUAAUAUUCAUAAUCAUAAUUAUUUAGGGAGGGUCAAACUUUGAUUUACCUUAUAAUGAGGUAACACUGGUAUGUAAUACAAAACAUACAAAGAUACAAAAAGUAGUGGUGACGUCAAAGGUUGUCCCCAUUUUCAUUUUACCGACAAAGGUGUAUGUUAGUGUUUUGUGAAUUAAACCAUUUUUUUUUAAAUGUCAAAACUUACAUCUGAUUUUGAUGAAUUGUUCAGAAUUGCGCUCGCUUUUCUCUUUAUGUAUUCAAACCACUUUUAUAAUUAUAGGUGGACUUGGAAUCUAUACAUAUAUUAUUCAUUCGUGUUGUUGUUGUAGUUGUACAUAACGUGAUGGUUAAUUUAUAUCUUCACGAAGAAAUGACAUUCCUUUCCCAUGUUAGUAUGUGUGUGUAUACUGUUUAUAAUGUAAUUAUAAUUAGAUUUAGAGAU